CCUCCAGCACUUUUGUAGGCCGCAUUGCUGCAAAUAAUGCACGAUACGCGAUGCACAAGGCUGCUGCAGCCUCAUAAGGCGGACUGAUCUUGUGCCUACCUAGGUAAGGCUGCUGCAGCCUCACAACCUUGUGCAAGGCGGCCUGAUCGUGCACAAGGUUGCUGCAGCGUCAUAAGGCGGUCUGAAGACGGGAUGGAGCACUCCCAGCUAGCAAGGACACAAGCGAUGCUCACCUGGCUCCGCGCGGCCGGAGCCGAAGGCCUCGACAACGUAGAAGUCAAGCGGACGGCCUACGGCGGCUUGGGCGUCUUCCUCGCGGCACCCGUCGAGACGACGUCGAUCGCACGCAUACCCGUCGAGUGCUGCGUGACGGCCACCGCCGCUCUUACGAGACCGGUCGGCCGCGCUGCCAGAGAGGUCCUCCCGGACUGCGCCGAUGAAUUUGUGCUGGUCCUGGACGCGGCGACGGGACGCUCCGACGCCACUCACCCGCAGCACGCCUACCUGGCGUCGCUGCCGGCCGGCUCCCAAAGCGCCAGCACGUUUUCCAAAGCCGCAAGACGACUCCUGAAGGGUACGGCCCUCGGCGACCGCGUCGAGCGCGAGCGGCGCGAGGUGCGCGCGGCCAUCGGCGACCUGCUCCCGCAGCUCCGGGAGGCGCGGCCGGACCUCUUCGGCGAGCUGUCGGCGGCGGACGUGCGCUGGGCGCGCGAGAUGGUCGUGACGCGCGCGUUCCGGGCCGAGAUCUUAAAUAACGAGGGCGGCGCCUGCGGCGUGCUCUGCCCGCUGCUGGACCUCCGGAAUCACGCCGACGGCGCGGCCGAGGCGACGCCGCGGGCCUCGGACGGCUACGUGCGGCUUUGUGCUCCGGGAAUUGAGGUGGGCGCCGAGAUCGUCACAAACUACGGGGAGGUGUCGAACGCGGACCACUUGAUGUCGCAUGGCUUCGCGCUCCGGGGCUCGCGACACGAGACCUUUGCGCUCAGCGUCGCCAGCGGUAUCUUCGACAUCUGUCCGGCCGGCGGCGACGACCAGUUUCCUUGGGGGCUCUACGAGAGCUUCGCCUCCUCGCCGGAGGUCAUCCUCGACGCUCGCGCGCUCGUACUCCAGGCGUUCCGGCGGAAUGAGGACCGCGUGCGGUUAGAACCGGAGACGCGCAUUGUGCUCACCGCGAUCCUCCGCGCGUGCCGCAAAGCGGUGGGACCCUUCGACGCCACGUGCCGCCGCGACAAAGCGCUGCUAGCUCCGCCGGGCCCCGAGGCCUCGGUCGCAAUCUACCGGCUCGGCCAGUGGAGGAUUCUGAACGACGCGGUCCACGUCCUCGAGUACGCCCUCCAACGGCGGAAGAGGAAGUGGCGCAAACUCUGGGAGCGGCGCCGCCUACGCUUAGCACAGUAA